CGUGAGGGGGAAUGUUAACGAAAACUCGAUCCUAAAAUAAAUCUGAUCCAAUUCGCGGUGUUCAUUUCCUCCCGAUCUGUCUCCUUUAUGCGGGUUUUUUUUUUAAAUAAUUAUUGGUAAAUAUUACUAACAGAAAAGAAUAAGAAAAGGAUUUUUUUUCGUGAAAAGCUGCUCUUCACGCUCCGUGAAACAUAAAAUGGCGCUGCAACCAAGGCCACGCGUGCUGGUGAUUGGAGCAGGAGUAAUCGGUCUUACAACAGCUUACGAGCUGCUUGAGAAGGGCUUCCGUGUGACGAUACUUGCCAAGGAGUUUGUAUCACCAAGCAACAACCAUAAGAUUGCCUCUCAAGUUGCUGCAGGUUUGUGGCAGAUCCCUGUACGCAUUUUGCCUUGGAGGGAUGCACAAGUUGAAAAAAACAUAUUUGACUGGUGCAUGAGGACUUGGCAUCGUUUCUCUGAACUUUCAAAACAAAAGGAUGUGACAGGGGUGUACAUGAGGCAGCGGAUAAAACUGUAUACACACAAGAUAGAUGAUGACCUCCGUGUAAAAGAACAUAUGCAAGCCCAUCAACACCUUCCAGGGUUUCGCCACUCCCUGCAAAUCAUCACUGAUUAUGGUAUCAAUGGAGAUGGAAUCAAAGAUGCAUUUACUUUCCUUAGUCCAGUUGUGGACACCGAUAUUUUCCUCACAUGGCUCACAGGACAGCUGCAGUCACAAGGUGUGGACUUUGUCAAAGAGGAAGUGACACCUCCACUAAGCCAGCACUUGGGGGUGUUAAGAAGUAGGUACAAAGCCCAUUGGGUGAUAAACUGCACAGGCUUCCAGGCAGAAUAUAUGGCACAGGACAAGAAGGCAUAUCCUCUCAGAGGUGCUGGCCUGAUAAUACAUAAUGCGGAUAUCAAUGUGAUGCCUGAUGCCUGCAUACAAACAACAACUCCAUGGCGUGAAGGUGACGCUGAAGGGCUUGCCAUCAUCGCGCCACGUGGAGUGCACAGUGUUUGGCUUGGUACCUUCAAGCAGCCAUCUAGUGACUGCUUCCUGGAAAUGUCAGACCCCAUUGUGCGGCGCAUGCUCAAGGAGUGCCAGAAGGUCUACCCCCCUCUGCGUCACAUUAGGGAUGAGCAUCUGUCUGGUAUGACUGUAGGGGUGCGACCUAACCGUCACGAGACCCCUAGGGUGGAGCUUGACUCCACUGACCAUAACCUGGUCCAUAAUUAUGGUCACACCUCUUAUGGUGUUGCCAUGUCUUGGGGAUGUGCUGAACAUGUUAGUACCAUUGUUAGUCAGCAACUGACUAGUGCAAAGCUCUGAAUACCAUAAUUGCUUGCUUGAGCGCCCUGGGUGAAUGUAUUUUUUAGUCCUAGGGCUGUGAAUUUGAGUGUUGGAUCUCAUUUCAAAUUUAGUCUUCUUUUUUUCCCUUUCUUAUGAAGUGCAGGAAAAAGCAAUGUCAGUAUAGGCUUAUGAACUAUAUCAAGAUUAAUGAUAAAGUUUUAGUGUUUUAUCAAUUUUUUGUGAUCAAAUGAUCAAAUGUUAUAUCUUUUAGCUUUAAAUUUUUAUCAAGGCACUCAUCGCCUCAAAGCAUCAGCGUUUAGCUCCAAGCAUAUUUCCGAUGAUAACUGUUAUGGUGUUUUUAUUUUUAUAUAAGAUAUAUUUAAAGUAUGAAAAAAGGGAAAAUCCUUAUUUAGUAUUGAAAAGCCGCAUAUUCCAUUCUUUAAAAAAAAACUGAAUAUUUACAAUGACAUAACAAGGUGCCAAAAUUAUUCAUGGCAGCGAAUUUCCCUACACAAAUAGAACUUGUCAGUGCUAUCCUUAUUCAUAACAUACAAUAGGAAAGAUAUAUUAAAAGAUGCUUCAUAUGAUGAUAAUAAUAAUAAUAAUAAUAAUAAUAAUAAUAAUAAUAAUAAUAAUAAUAAUAAUAAUAAUAAUAAUAAUACUAAUAAUAAUAAUAAUAGUAGUUUAUUCACCAAUUGAGUAAGCAGUCUGAAUCACAGGUGGGGUCAACAUAAAGCAGACAUUAUACACAUUAAAGCAAAAACCUACUAGUGAUAAUAAAACUUAAUUAUUCUA